AUGGCGUCCCUCUGGGGUAACAAGUCCAAGUCCGCCAUCAAGCCGGUACCCGCCAAAAUCAGAAUCCAGCGCGAACCGGUCGCGAAGAAGCCGGAGCCGCUCCCUUCCAAACUUGCGUCCACCUUGAGACAUCAACAAAGUCCCCGCUCUCGAGAUUCCUCAGCGCGCGCAUCGCCUUCGAUUUCGCGUGCGAAGUCGUGUACUGCGACCCCACCCUCAGAAGACUACGAUUCCUCGAGCCGGCUACAACCCCCGAAGCGCAAAGCUGUACGACAGAAGAGCCCGAGUAACAAGCCAAUACAAUGGGACGAUAGCGACGAUGACGAAACGACUUCUGGAGAAGAAACGGUGAAUAAGAGACAUAAGUCGUCGAAGCGGGCUGUGGAUCUCAACAGGCGGUUACGCUCCGAGAAGGGCUUUUCCGAGGAUGACGACGGAGUGUUCAGCAUGAUCCAUGCGGCUGACAUCGCCGUUAGUGGGAAAGGGUCAAGAACAGUGGCGGAGGACAUCAUCGUAGAGUUGAAGUAUCCAAGUGCUUCUUCUCAGCGGGAAAGAUACGAUCUUCAUUUCGGAAAAGACAAGAUAGACUCUACACAGGAGAUCCUCGACGUUGCUAAGAUCGUCACCGAUGUCUAUCUAACCAAGGAGCAAGCGGAACCAUUCCUAGACCCAAAUCAGGGAUUCAUUCGACAACUUGAGAAAGCCAAAAAUUUGUUAUCAAAAGAUACCCUCAACAAAGAAUUACUGAACGGGUUUAAAAUUGCCGUCGACAGAUAUAAUUCACAGAUCGAAACCCUCAGGAAGGACGGGGCCCUCGCAAGAAAUCUCGAUGAUAGGCAUCAUCUUCCUUUCGACAUGGUUCGCUUGAUACUGAGGCAGGUCUAUGACCGUGCGGUUUCCCCGAAAGUCGAUAUAUUAAGGAGGUAUCAGAAUGGAUCCGACAAUGUCUACGGCGAGCUGCUACCCUCGUUGAUAUCCAGUGUGCUUGCUGAGACUGGGCUCCAGUCGAACCAGACCUUUGUCGAUCUUGGCUCGGGCGUUGGCAGUGUGGUGUUGCAGGCUGCUCUAGAAUUCGGGUCCGAGAGUUGGGGUUGCGAAAUGAUGGAGAACGCUUGCAAGUUGGCGGAUGCUCAACACAAGGAAUUCUCUGCUCGCUGCCGGCUUUGGGGAAUCGAGACCGGAGAAGUGCAUCUUGAACGUGGAGAUUUUCUGGAAAACGAGAAAAUCAAGGGGAUAAUGAAACGUGCCGACGUAAUCCUCGUUAACAACCAAGCCUUCACGUCGGAUUUGAACCAGAAGCUCAUCGAUCUCUUCCUCGACCUAAAGGAUGGUUGCAAGAUUAUUUCGCUGAAAUCUUUUGUGCCGCAUGGCCAUCAGAUCACGCCCCGGAAUAUCUCGAACCCCGUCAAUGUCCUCGAUGUCAAGGCUGGUCGAUACUACGCCAAGUCCGUAAGCUGGACGGACGCCGGAGGGAGUUAUUUUAUCGCCACGAAAGAUGCCACCAGGCUUAGGAAGUUUUCUGAGCGUAGAUAG